AUGGGACAAGCAGCCUCGAAAACAUUUUCAGAUAAAUCAAACGUCCUGUACGAACACACCGACCUAUCAAGUCGAUUCACAAAAGCAACCAUAUCUACCUUGGCUGUUCCGAUGGUCAUUGUAGCCUUUCCUCUUCUAAAUGCCUACACAUUUACAGAGGAAGAAUUAACAGGAGUCAAGGUCAUGGAUGGUGCUAUUGGGGGAAUCCUUGGUGUUAUUGGAUCUUGUUGGGGUGUUUUUCAAAGUGUAUUCAGUCAAGGUCCAUUAGAACCACUUCCGAUCCCUCCAGAACUCAAAGAACAAGCCAAAUUGAGGAUUGGACUCAAUUCAGAUCAUUUUUACAACGUUGCCAUAGUUGGAGUCGCAGGUACAGGCAAGAGCUCACUUGUGAAUGGAAUCUUGGGAUAUCAUGAUAGCCAUAUACUUGCUGCACAUACAGGCGAGACAGAAUCUACUAUGAGACCAGCAGGUUAUCGGCAUCCGGAUCUACGGACCAUGGUGCUGUGGGAUAUGCCAGGCGCAGGUACAAUGCAUCAUCCAGCAGAAACAUAUUUCGAAGACAAUUUUUUAUGUGCGUUCGACUCUUUAAUAAUCGUAACUGCCGAAAGACUACAAGAAACAGAUCUAAUCAUUGCCAAAAAGGCAAGAGAGUGGCGCGUUCCUGUGCUUUUUGUGCGUAACAAGGCUGAUCAGGCAGUAGACUCAAAGAUGCGCCGAGAUAGAAAAGAGGGUCAAGAAGAAGGACGUGCAUGGGCUAAAGCAGUAGGCGAACUUACCAAUGAAGCAAGUGUACGCCAAUCGAUCUCUACCCAGCUAAAAGCAAACCACAUGAGCACUCGGCAUCUCUUUAUUCUCUCUGCAUGGAACCUUCAAGAGUUUAUCUAUAGACUAGGCCAGAAACAGCUGGAUGAGCAUCUGAAAAUAAUCGACGAGGAGAGGUUCGUAAGGAUGCUGAUCCAAGGUGUGUUGACCAAACGAAAGCGAGAAAAGAAGAACCGCCAAAAUAAAGACAAGCGAAUGUCUGUUCCACAACAGAUUAUCGAAUCUCCAUAA